UUAUGUAUCUGUCAUUCUCUUUCUCCCAACAGUUUCAAUGAAGUGGAGUGUAAAUUACAGGAAUUCAUGAUGAGUUAUUCAAAAUUCGAUCUUACUUUUAAGAUCGGUCAAUAUUUAGACCGGCACCUUGUUUUUCCAUUGCUGGAAUUCUUAGCUGCAAAAGAGACUUAUGACCAGUCAGAGCUUUUGCAAGCAAAAUUGGAAAUCUUGAGCAAAACUAACAUGAUUGAUUAUGUUAUCGACAUUAGAAGAAUGCUCUAUCCAGAUGAAGAUACACCUGAGGAAAUCAAAACAAGGAGAGGAGUGGUCCUAUCCCAACUGCAGGAGCUACAAGAUGCAGUGGAGCCGGUGCUGCGGCUGAUGCAGCGCGACGACGUCAUGAAGACAGUCGAGACCAUGCGUGACCCCAAGACCCUCAUCAACUAUCUCACCACCAACAAGGAGUUUGAUUUUAAAAUUGAGAUGAUAGACAGCAUGUACCAGCUGGCUAAGUACCGCUACGAGUGUGGUAACUAUGUGGAAUCAGCCUCAUACCUGUACUUCUGCCAACUUGUCAUGGCACCCACCGACAAGAACUACCUAUCAGUGCUGUGGGGCAAGUUCGCGAGCGAGAUCCUGGUGCAGAACUGGGACGGCGCGCUGGACGACCUGACGAAGCUGCGCGAGUUCAUCGACAACGGGGCCGCGGGCGCCGCCGCCACGCACAUGCAGGCGCUGCAGCAGCGCACGUGGCUGGUGCACUGGUCCCUGUUUGUGUUCUUCAACCACGUGAAGGGGCGGGACUUGAUCAUUGAGAUGUUCUUGUACAAGCCGCUAUACCUGAACGCCAUCCAGACCAUGUGCCCGCACAUCCUGCGCUACCUGGCGACCGCCGUCAUCAUCAACCGCUCCCGGCGCAAUGCGCUCAAGGACCUCGUCAAAGUCAUUCAACAGGAGGCCUACACUUACAGGGACCCAAUAACGGAGUUCAUCGAGCAUCUGUACGUGAACUUCGACUUUGAGGCGGCGCGGCGCAAGCUGAACCAGUGCCAGGCGGUGCUGCAGACGGACUUCUUCCUCAUCGCGUGUCUCGACGAGUUCGUGGAGAACGCACGGCUCAUGAUCUUCGAGACCUUCUGCCGCAUACACCAGGUCAUCAGCAUCGGAAUGUUAGCUGAAAACCUGAACAUGCAGCCGGACGAAGCCGAGUGCUGGAUCGUGAACCUCAUCCGCAACGCGCGGCUCGACGCGAAGAUCGACUCGAAGCUGGGCCACGUGGUGAUGGGCGCGCAGCCGCUGUCGCCGUACCAGCAGCUCGUGGAGCGCAUCGACUCGCUGGCCGUGCGCUCCGAGGCGCUGACUUCCCUCGUGGAGAGGAAACACAAAGCUCGCAACCAAGAUAUACGUUGGGGAACCCAAGAAUUCUAGUACCCUACAUCUUUUUGUUCACCGGUCGCAAAUUUUGUGAAUAACUCCACAUGUUCCAACUACAAUUUUGUAUUAUUAAAAUAUUAAAUAUACAUAUUUAUCCACAUAA